GACGGAUCGUUUGGCUCUUGCCGGAAAUCAUUCCGCCCGGUGAGGUUUCAGCGUGAGACCCGAGGAGGGCGGGGAAGAGGCGUGACGGAGAUUCCUGAGGUGUAGUAGCCUGAGGUUCCCUUAUGUGGCCCUAUAGCUGUUACUGAAGGAAGUAGCCUACGUCCACGCCUACAACUGAAGUCUCUUGACAAACACCUCACCCCUGCCUCCGGGAUGAAAGGGGGUAACCUAGACCUGAAUGGGCUUGACCAUCUCACAACUGUUCGCGUGACGACCGCAUUCGUGUCAGGUAAGAAGAUUGCUGUAUCAACUCAAGAAAGCAGUAACCUCACUGUCUUUGUAUUUUGAAUUGCAACAACAACUUUGAUAUCAACAAUGAAGCAAUGAUAUCUAAGGACAAAAGAGAAUUUGCCAACAGUCAUCAUAAUAUCAAGUGAUUGUAUAAGCAGAAACAAGCUGUCACAGACCUGUGUGUCAGCUAAUAUAUGGAGAAUGCUUUCUUCUGAUGCUAUUUACUUAGAGGCAGUUUUAAUAUAAAUUAUUUCAAUUAUAUCUACAUCAAAUAAAAUAAAAAUGAGUGAGGCCCCCAGAUUCUUUGUUGGACCAGAAGAUACAGAAAUAAAUCCUGGAAAUUAUCGACAUUUCUUCCACCAUGCAGAUGAAGACGAUGAGGAGGAAGAUGAUUCUCCACCAGAAAGGCAGAUUGUGGUUGGAAUAUGUUCCAUGGCAAAGAAAUCCAAAUCCAAACCAAUGAAGGAAAUUCUUGAACGGAUCUCCUUAUUUAAAUAUAUCACAGUAGUAGUAUUUGAAGAGGAGGUUAUUUUGAAUGAACCAGUGGAAAACUGGCCUUUAUGUGAUUGUCUUAUUUCUUUCCAUUCUAAAGGAUUUCCACUGGACAAAGCGGUUGCCUAUGCAAAACUCAGGAAUCCAUUUGUAAUCAAUGACUUGCAUAUGCAGUAUCUCAUACAAGAUAGGAGAGAAGUAUAUAGUAUUCUUCAAGCUGAAGGUAUUUUACUUCCUCGUUAUGCAAUUUUGAACCGUGACCCAAAUAAUCCCAAAGAAUGUAAUCUGAUUGAAGGGGAAGAUCAUGUAGAAGUAAAUGGGGAAGUUUUCCAAAAGCCAUUUGUAGAAAAGCCAGUCAGUGCAGAAGAUCACAAUGUUUACAUUUAUUACCCAACUUCUGCUGGUGGUGGAAGUCAAAGACUCUUUAGAAAGAUUGGCAGUAGAAGUAGUGUUUAUUCUCCAGAAAGCAAUGUACGAAAAACAGGCUCAUAUAUAUAUGAAGAGUUUAUGCCCACAGAUGGUACUGAUGUUAAGGUUUAUACAGUGGGUCCAGAUUAUGCCCAUGCUGAAGCUCGAAAAUCUCCAGCACUUGAUGGCAAGGUGGAACGAGACAGUGAAGGAAAAGAAGUACGAUACCCUGUUAUUCUCAAUGCACGAGAGAAAUUAAUUGCUUGGAAAGUCUGCCUUGCCUUUAAGCAAACAGUUUGUGGCUUUGAUUUGUUACGGGCCAAUGGACAGUCCUAUGUCUGUGAUGUCAAUGGCUUCAGUUUUGUGAAAAAUUCCAUGAAGUAUUAUGAUGACUGUGCAAAAAUACUUGGAAAUAUUGUAAUGCGAGAACUUGCUCCACAAUUUCAUAUUCCAUGGUCAAUACCCUUAGAAGCUGAAGAUAUCCCAAUUGUACCAACUACAUCUGGAACUAUGAUGGAACUUAGAUGUGUCAUAGCUGUUAUACGUCAUGGGGAUCGAACACCAAAACAAAAAAUGAAAAUGGAAGUGAGACAUCAAAAAUUUUUUGAUCUUUUUGAAAAGUGUGAUGGAUAUAAAUCAGGGAAAUUAAAACUCAAAAAACCAAAACAGUUACAGGAAGUGCUAGAUAUUGCACGACAGCUUCUUAUGGAGCUGGGGCAAAAUAAUGAUUCUGAAAUUGAAGAAAACAAGCCAAAGCUUGAACAACUUAAGACUGUAUUAGAGAUGUAUGGUCAUUUUUCUGGAAUAAAUCGUAAGGUUCAGUUGACCUAUCUCCCUCAUGGUUGUCCUAAAACAUCUAGUGAAGAGGAGGACAGCCGAAGAGAAGAACCAUCUUUACUUUUGGUUUUAAAAUGGGGAGGUGAAUUAACUCCUGCAGGCAGAGUCCAGGCUGAAGAACUUGGAAGAGCCUUCAGGUGUAUGUAUCCUGGAGGUCAAGGAGAUUAUGCAGGAUUUCCUGGUUGUGGUUUACUUAGAUUACAUAGCACCUACAGACAUGACCUCAAAAUAUAUGCCUCUGAUGAAGGACGAGUCCAGAUGACUGCAGCUGCUUUUGCAAAGGGGCUUUUAGCUUUGGAAGGAGAGCUUACACCCAUUCUUGUUCAAAUGGUGAAAAGUGCAAAUAUGAACGGUCUUUUGGAUAGUGAUAGUGACUCUCUGAGCAGUUGUCAGCAACGUGUGAAGGCAAGGCUUCAUGAAAUACUUCAGAAAGACAGAGAUUUUACUGCUGAAGAUUAUGAAAAGCUUACUCCAUCUGGAAGCAUUUCUCUUAUCAAAUCAAUGCAUUUAAUUAAAAAUCCUGUGAAGACCUGUGAUAAAGUUUAUUCCUUAAUUCAGAGUUUGACUUCUCAAAUCAGACAUCGAAUGGAAGAUCCCAAAUCAUCAGAUAUUCAGCUUUACCAUAGUGAAACAUUGGAGCUUAUGCUACGUAGAUGGUCCAAGUUAGAGAAAGACUUUAAAACAAAGAAUGGAAGAUAUGAUAUUAGUAAAAUCCCUGACAUAUAUGACUGUAUAAAAUAUGAUGUCCAGCAUAAUGGUUCCUUGAAAUUAGAAAACACAAUGGAAUUAUAUAGGCUUUCGAAGGCAUUAGCAGAUAUUGUUAUCCCUCAGGAAUAUGGUAUAACUAAAGCUGAAAAACUGGAGAUUGCCAAAGGCUACUGUACUCCUCUGGUUAGAAAAAUUCGCUCAGACCUUCAGAGGACACAAGAUGAUGACACUGUAAAUAAACUUCAUCCUGUAUAUUCUAGAGGUGUUCUGUCUCCUGAACGUCAUGUUCGUACUAGAUUAUAUUUUACCAGUGAAAGUCAUGUACAUUCUUUGCUGUCUAUUCUUCGCUAUGGUGCCUUAUGCAAUGAAUCAAAGGAUGAACAGUGGAAACGAGCUAUGGAUUAUUUAAAUGUUGUCAAUGAGCUCAACUACAUGACUCAGAUUGUUAUCAUGCUUUAUGAGGAUCCUAAUAAGGAUCUUUCCUCAGAGGAACGCUUUCAUGUUGAAUUACACUUUAGUCCAGGAGCCAAAGGUUGUGAAGAAGACAAAAAUUUACCAUCUGGCUAUGGAUAUAGACCAGCUUCCAGAGAGAAUGAAGGCAGGAGACCUUUUAAAAUUGAUAAUGAUGAUGAACCACAUACUUCUAAAAGAGAUGAAGUUGAUCGAGCUGUGAUAUUGUUUAAACCUAUGGUAUCAGAGCCAAUUCAUAUACACAGGAAGUCUCCACUUCCAAGAUCUAGGAAGAUGGCUACAAAUGAUGAAGAGAGCCCCCUGAGUGUGUCUAGCCCAGAGGGUACUGGUACCUGGCUGCAUUAUACCAGUGGUGUGGGUACUGGGCGUCGAAGACGCAGAUCAGGGGAACAAAUCACUUCUUCCCCUGUCUCCCCCAAAUCAUUGGCUUUCACAUCCAGUAUUUUUGGCUCAUGGCAACAGGUUGUAUCUGAAAAUGCUAAUUACCUGCGAACACCAAGAACUCUUGUGGAACAGAAGCAGAAUCCUACUGUAGGGUCUCACUGUGCGGGCCUGUUUAGCACCUCGGUGCUCGGGGGUUCUUCAAGCGCACCUAACCUACAGGAUUAUGCUCGUACUCAUCGUAAAAAGCUGACCUCUUCUGGCUGCAUAGAUGACGCCACACGCGGUUCUGCUGUUAAAAGGUUUUCUAUCUCAUUUGCUCGACACCCAACCAAUGAACACCUACACCUCUAUAGGUGCUGGUCCGUUUCCUCUGUGGAAUUUCUAGGCUCCAGUGGCUUUGAAUUGUAUUCCAUGGUGCCAUCUAUUUGUCCUCUAGAAACUCUUCAUAAUGCCCUAUCUUUAAAGCAAGUGGAUGAAUUUCUUGCUUCCAUUGCUUCUCCAUCAUCUGACGUUCCACGGAAGACCGCUGAAAUUUCCUCUACAGCUUUACGUUCCAGUCCAAUAAUGAGAAAAAAAGUAUCUUUAAAUACGUACACACCUGCAAAGAUCCUCCCAACACCACCAGCUACCUUAAAGAGUACUAAAGCAAGCAGCAAACCAGCUACAAGUGGACCUUCUAGUGCAGUUGUUCCUAAUACCUCAUCUCGGAAAAAGAAUAUAGCUAGCAAAACAGAAACGCAUGAACACAAAAAAAACACUGGGAAAAAGAAAUGAAAUCUUAGCAGAAGCUGGGACUUUUUAUGCUUAUAAAAAUAGUAUGUUCUUACGUUUCUCCUUAUGCAUUUAUGUGUUCACUUAAAAAUGUUUUUAAAUCUAAGGGUUUCUUUGUUUAUAUUCAGGUAAGGAACUUUUGUCAUGAUCUGGAAAUGUUUAAAACGAUGUUUGUUAGCAUUCUGUGAGCAGCAAAACUUAUAGUGAUAAAAAUCGAUUAUUGUUAAUAUGAUGUUUACCAUGUGCACAUAGUAAUGAAAAGGAACAUAAAAGCCCAGCAGGCUUGUACCAAAGUCACACCAGUAAUGCUAUGUACUGCAGAGUCUGAUGAGAUGGCCUUUGUGCACACUUUUAUUUUCAUGGGAUUGUAUCUUAACUGUUAAAACUUCUAGAUUGAAAUUUGACAGCCAGGGUUACAUAUUGGGGACUUUUAAAGUGUCUUUCCAAAGAGAUUUCAUUAACUGUUUAGAUUAGAAUAUCUUUCCCAAUUGUUACAGUGACAUAUAUGCUGCAAUAUUUAACAACUGGAGUAUUAGCCACAUGGGUUAUUUUUUCAAUCUGUGUUUUGAAUUUUUUUAUUAUGUGUUAUUUAAAAUAUUACAUAUGCAGCUGGGAGAACUAUACCUUUGUGCAUAUAGAUUUAUAUAUUAAUUUGUAGAAAAUAUUUUCUUUAUAUAUUUCCUUACCAUACAAGGUGCCUUGUUCAUCAGGAAAACUUUUGUUUCGUAUGUUGACAAGAAAGGCACCUUUAGAGUUUCUUUUUAAGUAUAGUUGACAAGUGUAUAAAUGUUACACUUAUUUUCAGAGUUCUUUUUAGAUCUAAAGAAGUCAGUUCAAAAAUGGAAAUCAACAAUGUUAGGAGAAAUCUGAAUUCUGUUAAGUUAGUUAUUAUGUAUAGCAUCUGUUUUUAACCAUUUCCAUUCUUAUCCCUAGUGUAUCAGUUGAUCACACCAAGAAAGCUUAGAAGAUUGAGCAUUUGAAAUAAAUGCUCUUUAUAAAUGAUUAGAUUUUUGAAGGGAUAUUGAAAUCAUUGUGCUGUGAUUUCAUCUGUGAUGUGAAAAAUCAAUUUAUUAUCCUUGGUGCUUUUCCCCCUCACCAAUGCACAAAUAAUUGUGAACCACUUGAAAUGACUUAAACUGUAAUCCAAAUGGGACAAUCUGAUAAGAAUUUCAUGCAUUGGUAGUUAAAUAACUUAAAUUGCUAAAGCUUUAGCUUGAAACUUAGGUUUAGAAAAACUAUUGAUUUCCCAUGGUAUGAAUAUAUCUAUUAUAAUUCUUCAAAAGAGACUCUUCUCACCUUAAAUAGUCAUAUAUUAAAUAACUUAUAGGAAAGAAGCAUACUAUAUGGUAGCUGUUUUAAAAGGUACCAGAUGUAAGAGUCAUAAAUAUAUACAAUUAAAGAAGUUCAUAUAUUUCACAUGUGUUAUAUGGAGACGUCUUGUAAACAGUUGAAUGUAGGUAAGUUUUCUGUUUGUGAAAAUGUAGUUAAUGUACUCACUGUGGAGGUAAUAAGGAAACUACUUUUUUUUUUUAAGUGGAACCUAAUUAAAAUAUUUCCAGAAUCAAAGAGA